AUGAUGUCUGAAAUACACAAUCGAGGACCUAUUUCUUGUACAAUGGGGUGUACUCCUCAAUUUGAUUUGAACUAUACUUCUGGAAUUUAUAGAGAACAUGGGGAAUAUCCUCCAAACCAUAUUGUCUCAGUAACAGGAUGGGAUUGGGAUGAAGAAACAAAGACUGAAUAUUGGAUUGUACGAAAUAGUUGGGGAGAGGCUUGGGGAGAAAUGGGUUGGUUCCGUGUUGUAACGUCUUUGUUUAAUGGAGGUCGUGGAGAUCAAUUUAAUAUGGGAAUUGAAAGGGAAUGCUAUUUUGCUGAUCCUGAUGUGUCCAAUUUGAAUUAGA